AUGUCGUCGUCACAAUCGAGAAGCGGCGGCGAGCGCAUGAUACACCAAGACUACAUCGCCAGGAUACGAUAUUCCAAUGCGCUCCCUCCACCCCCAAACCCGCCGAAGCUGCUCGACAUCCCCAACACGGGACUAGCGGGCGGCCAGUACACAACGCCGGGUUUCGCUUCGCGCCUUGCGCGAGAGCAACCUUUGAACAUUGAGGCAGACGCCGAGCUCGGCAUGCCACUAGACUUGGUUGGCAUGCCGGGCGUCUUUGAUGGUGACGAGAGCGCCAUUCAAGCACCCGCUCACCCCCCGCCCGUCCAUCCCCAUGACCGCAUUCUCCUCCGGCCUCUCUCCACUCUUGGUAAGCCCAAGGUCGGCGACACCGCCGUUUCCUUCCUCCGACGAACCGAGUACAUCUCGGCGGUAUCGUCGGUACCACCCAAGCCAAGACCUUCGGACCACGGCUUCCUCAAGCCUUCGUCAGGCAAUGCCGUGAAGCGACCCGAAAAGCGGAAGGCCUCUCCCGAACCAGACAAGGGCACGCCAACCUGGAUCAAGCGGCGCAUCGAGAAGAGCUUCGAGGUAGCCGCCGCCAAUCUCGCCGAUCGGUCACGCGUGAAGCACCCAUCGAAGCGCAACCUUAAGGUGGUUGAUGCCUUCCCGGUGCUGCCCGACCUCGAAGCCUUCCCCGACUCCGGAGCGUACGUGACCGUCAAGUUUACCACCAACCCGGUCAACAAGAGCGACUCAUACGACACACGCCUGCUCUCCGGCAUCUUCAAGCCGAUCGAGCGCACGGCAGCCGAGGACCAGCUCUAUGAAGCCGCCAGAGCGGCAUGGGAGAUGGAUCCGAGCAAGCCCAAGCCGACACAGAUGAUGAACUACGACCUGUUCCUCCCCGCCGACACACGGACGGGUGAGAACUUCCGCGCCAAGUUCGACGUGGACAACCCGGACCACGAUCGCCGCUCGCUGUACACGAGCCACGACUCGGGCGGCAGCUUCCGCUUCCCGCGGGUGCGCGCGUACGAGACGGCGCAGGAGAAGGAGAUGGACCACGACAACAAGUACGACGAGGAGGUCAUCCUGGCCUACCGCGACGACGCCGGCGAAGACGACGACAGCACCAGACAACAACCACAGAAGGCUGUCUACUACUACCCGGUCAUGCUGCGCACCACGAUCCGCAGCCGGCGGACCAAGAACAUCGCUCGGACGAUAGGGCUCGCCGACGAUGAGGAGGAACGGCCGGUCGACGAACUGCACGUGCGGGUCGACGACCCGAGCGAGGGCCUCAGGGAGCAUCUGGCGCGGUACAAGGAGCAGCCCGUGGGCGAUCUGUCGGAGGACGAGGAGGAGCAGGAGGUGGACGAAGUGGAGAACCCUCGGAACGGUGCGCAGCGGAACGGGGACUCGGCCAGUCCAGCGGCGAACGGGGAGGGGCGUGACGAUGACGACGAUCAGGAUGCUGAGGGUGAUGAGGAUGAGUAG